GCGCGCUGUGGGGAGGCGCUAUCGUUGCAGUAUGGCGGACGAUGGGGACGGUAGUAGCACAGCGGCGGACACUAGCGGCGGCCAGGGCACGACGGAGGAACUGGGUCUGGGAGCCGGUCUCGGUAUAGGCGGCAUGUUACUCAAUCUCUGCGUUCUAUUGUUAGUACUCGCCGCGUGUUACGUGAUUUACGCGCGGUGGUGGAGGAGGGCGGGAGCGGACUCGGGCCGGAGCAGCGAGGCCUCGCAGCUGCCUAAGAUGAGAAGGCGCGACUUCACACUGCAGCAGCUGGGCGAGUACGACGGCGUGCAGAACCCGCGGAUACUCAUGGCAGUGAACACCAAGGUCUUCGACGUGACCAGCGGCAAAAAGUUUUAUGGACGCGAGGGUCCCUACGGAAUCUUUGCGGGACGUGAUGCUUCCCGGGGUCUGGCCACAUUCUGUCUGGAAAAAGAUGCAUUACGGGAUGAGUACGAUGAUCUCUCAGACCUGAACGCAGUGCAGAUGGAAAGCGUUCGGGAAUGGGAGAUGCAGUUCAUGGAGAAAUAUGACUACGUUGGACGCUUGUUAAAGCCGGGAGACGAGCCAUCGGAGUACACAGAUGAGGAAGACUUGAAGGAUCAUCAAAAAGCCGAAUAAUCUGCUGAAUCAUCACAGCAGCUAAAGCCCAGGACUGAGAAGGCCACAGUUCAGAAUUGUGAUACCCCCAGCAGAAAUACCCCUCAGAAUCUGCCCGGCUUCACGUCAAUCUUACAGUGUCCCCAGUACUGUAUGACCAACCCCGAAUACCUUCACUAAUGCUCCCUCACAACGGAUCAAGACGACCGUUUCGUUCGCACUGUUCUUCACCACCUACCAAAACAGAUCAAUAGCCUGUCAAAAUUCCUGUCUGGUCUUGCUUCUCCUUAAUCCAGCUCCUGUGUCCAGCACCACCUCAACAACACUCAAAUAAAACACACACUAACAUACUCUAUUCCAUCAGUUCUACACUCUAAAUGGUCAGCCAUGCAGUGAAAACCCUAAAGCCUCCGUCACAUACUCUACACCCUGAACUCUGUUAUAUACCCAGCAUCUACACCCUCAGUCCGUCAGAAAGUGAAAUUGACUUCUUUUUCUCAAACCCUGCACAUUUAUGUGUUCAGGCUUAGACUUCAAGUGAGAGAUUAAUAAAAUGAGGAAGAAGGAAACACUGAAUACACAUUUAUUUUAUUCACAGUUUUUCUUUUAUUUGGGGGCUUCACUGUACGUGACCUAUAAGGUUAAGGAUUGUAUGUUUAUGUCAGACAUAGAGGGGCAGAAUCUGGGAGUUCGGUACACAACAGGUUUAAAAUCGCAAUGGGGUCUCUCUUUGUUGCUUUUUAUUUUGCAAGUUGUCUGUGUAAUAUAUACCACGACACGUUUUGAGCAUUUAAAUGUCAUGCCUGCUCAUUCACGGUGGAAACUUUCUCAUUGUAAAUCGAAGGAAAUGUUAAGUGGAAAUGGUAACAAGUCCAAAAAUCAAAUGUGACCGCAAUGAGCCAAUCCAAAGUUGGGGGGCCGGGAUAGAUGGGUGCUAUUUUAGCUAUUUUUUGUAUUGUGUGCACCCCCUAGUGUGUAGCGACUCUCGAUGUGUUGUUUAAAAGUGGUUUGGGAUGAGUAAAGUUUGGGGGUGGGUGGAUUUGGUUUUGUUAUUUUAUUUGAAUCUGAAUGGCUGGUUGGGAUGAAAAGGGAAGAUUGCUUCUGCAGUUUGGAUCUAGUCAUUGGUCAACAGAACUCUCCCUUCCUCUAUUAACAAAACGGUCAGUGUAGUUAUUGUGCCUUAUUUCCGUUUAAUUCUACUACAGGACAGUCCAGAAUAGUCAAUAGGUGAAGAAAAUAAAGACAAAAUUAUAGAAAUCGGAGGGAGAACAUGCAAAGAUUCAUGCAGAGCACGUGUUCAGCUCUGACCUUUCCACAUUUCCAAAUUACGGGAGGAUUUUGAGAAGCCACAGCAUUCCCAUCUUUUCACUGUUCAGAAGACAGAUUCAUGCUCUCGUCUGUGAGCGAACCAGACACGAGGGGCUUGACCGCUGUUAUCGUGACCUUGUACAUAGACUUUGAGCUAUUUCAGUGUUACUGCCAUAUCUGCGCUGUUAUAUUAAACUCCACGCACUGCUGUGUUGUACUGGCCAAAAGAUCCAUUGCUCUUGCUCCUGUGUCCAUCUCUGUUUCCCCUCUGUUGAAUUUAUUUUUAAUUGUGGGUCAUUUUUCAAAGCCACCUUUAAGUGUUGUGUUUUUUUUUUCUUGAGAGGGGGAACAAUGAGUUUGGAAUAAUAUUCUGUCUUUGCUGGGGGAGGGGGAUGAGGCAAAAUCCAAACAAAUUGUGGAUUCUGUAAAUAUGUGUAUCAUUUUAUUAAAGCAUGUGCAGCAAACAGUGAGGUAA